AUGGAUCCCUCCGGUUCAGUCACAGUUCGCACCCGAAAAUUCCUUACUAACCGUCUCUUACAAAGAAAGCAGAUGGUAGUCGAUAUCAUUCAUCCUACUCGGGCCAACUUAUCUAAAGAUGAACUCAGGGACAAAUUAUCAGCCAUGUACAAGGCUCCUAAAGAACAAGUGAUUGUCUUUGGUUUCCGAACACAAUUUGGUGGUGGAAAGAGUACUGGUUUUGCUUUGAUUUAUGAUAACAAGGAAGCCUUGAAAUUUGAGCCUAAAUACAGGCUUAUCAGGUUUGGAAUGGCAGAGAAGAAACCAGCAGUUGCCCGUAAACUCAGGAAAGAACGAAAGAACCGUGCCAAGAAGUUCCGUGGUACACAAAAGAAGAAAGCCGACGCAAGUGGCAAGAAGAAAUAG